AUGAACCUGCAAAAUUUCCACUGUAUCCUGGUCAUAGAACAAUCAAAAAUAUUUCUCCACCUUCAAUGAAGGAAUCCUUUCUUCUCCUACUUGCUUGCUGCUUUGGAGUUUGUAUUGCAAUAGAUACAAUCACAAUCACUCAGAGUAUCCAAGACUCUGAAACUAUAGUUUCCUCUGGCAAAAAAUUUAAAUUAGGCUUCUUUACCCCUGAAAACAGUAGUGGUCGGUAUGUUGGAAUAAUGUAUAAUGUACCGAAAACAGCCAUUAUAUGGGUGGCUAAUAGAGAAAGACCUCUCAACGAUUCCACAGGAACUGUGGCAAUCCUGGAAGAUGGAAAUCUUGCUGUCUUGAAUGGAAUGAAGGAGAUACUAUGGUCUACUAAUGUUUCAAGUUCUUUGGCCAAUUCAAGUGCACAACUCUUGGAUACUGGAAACCUGGUCUUGAUAGAUGAAUCAAACGGGAAAAACAAGUGGGAAAGUUUUGAGCAUCCUACAGACUCUCUUUUGCAAAGCAUGAAAUUAGGUGAUGGUACAUCAGGGCUGAGCCAACUGACCUCAUGGAGAAGCCCCUCUGAUCCAUCUGUUGGAACUUUCUCUGUAGGUCUCAGUGGUAACCAACUUUCUCAACUCUUUGUCUGGAAUAAUAGUAGACCUUAUUGGCGGAGUGGUCCAUGGAGCGGUACCAUUUUUAUUGGGAUGCCCGGCAUGUCUUCAUAUGAUACUCGAGUUGAUGUGUCAAAGGACAGUUCUGGAUCUCCGUAUUUCAGCUAUAACUAUGCAAAUCCUAUGAUAUACUUUAUGUUGAGUUCAUCAGGGAAUAUGCAGUUAAGGGCAUUAUUAAAUGGAGACUGGACAAAUUACUGGUCAGGCCCAGAGAACCAGUGUGGUGUUUAUGGAAAAUGUGGACCUUUUGGGAGCUGUAAUCCUCAGGGUUCCCCAAUUUGUACUUGUUUGCCAGGGUUUAAGCCAAGAGAUACGAAGGAAUGGAACCUAGGAAAUUGGACUGGUGGUUGCUUAAGAAAACAAUUGCUGAAAUGUGAGAGAAAUCAAUCUGUUAGUGGAGAGGACAAGCAAGAUGGUUUCCUGAAACUAACAUACAUGAAGGUUCCAGAUUUUGCUGAGCCAAAAGGAAUUUCAGAAGAAGAAUGCCUUAAAGACUGCUUAAACAAUUGCUCAUGUGCAGCUUAUGCAGUUUAUAAUGGCAUUGGAUGUAUGCAAUGGAAUGGCAUCUUAAUUGAUUCAGCACAGCUUCCCUACGAUGGGACAAACUUAUAUAUUCGGGUGGCAUAUUCUGAACUCAAUACCAAAAGGGGUUCUAAAGCUGUCAUUGCAAGCACGGUUGCUGCAGCAAUUGCACUCAUUUCAUUCUGUGGAUGCCUUUGUUGGAAGUGGAUGGCAAAGCAGAAAGGGAAAGAGCAACAGGCUAAGGUAUCGUCAACGGAAGAAGUGCAUAAAGUGGAAGAUAUGAUCACCGUAACUGUGGACCAAGCCAAGUUUGAAGAGCUACCUCUGUUUACUUAUGAAGCAUUGGCCAAAGCAACAGACAAUUUCCAAUCAAACAAUAAGCUAGGGAAAGGUGGUUUUGGUCCAGUUUACAAGGGAAAGCUUUUAGAUGGCCAGGAAAUUGCAGUAAAGAGGCUUUCAAAUUCUUCAACUCAAGGGAUUGAGGAGUUUAUGAAUGAAGUCGUGGUUAUUUCGAAACUCCAACACCGGAAUCUUGUUAAACUUCUGGGCUGCUGCAUUGAAAGAGAAGAAACAAUGCUAGUCUAUGAAUAUAUGCCAAACAAAAGUCUUGACGCCUAUCUAUUUGAUGCUAAUAAACAAAAACUACUUGAUUGGAGAAGACGUGUGAUCAUUGUUGAGGGGAUUGGCAGAGCCCUCCUUUACCUUCAUAGAGAUUCAAGACUGAAAAUUAUUCAUAGAGAUCUGAAAGCAAGCAACAUCCUUUUAGACGAAGAUCUCAAGCCAAAAAUAUCAGAUUUUGGUUUAGCUAGAAUUUUCGGAGGCCAUCAAGAUCAAGCCAAUACUAACAGGGUUGUGGGAACAUAUGGCUAUAUGGCUCCAGAAUAUGCAAUGAAAGGAAGAUUUUCUGAAAAGUCUGAUGUCUACAGCUUUGGAGUGCUAUUAUUAGAGAUUGUUAGUGGAAGAAGAAAUACUAGCUUCUAUAAUGAUGAGAAUGAAGUGAGCCUGCUUGGACAUGCCUGGAAAUUAUGGAAUGAAAAUGAAGCAACGAAACUGAUAGAUGCAGCAAUAUUUGAUCCAGGCGCCAUAACAGAGAUGUUGAGAUACAUCCAUGUAGGAUUAUUAUGUGUGCAGGAAUUUGCGAAAGAUAGGCCAGAUGUCUCUGCUGUUCUUUUAAUGCUUACAAGUGAAAUUUCACAUCUCCCUCGUCCCAAGUUCCCAGCUUAUACAGAAAGAUUAGGUCCCUCGGAAAAGUCUUGUUGUUCUAGUAACAGUAUAACCUUAACAAUUGUUGAUGGCCGAUAGCCCAAUCCAGUGCAUAUUGUUUUUCAAAAUCCAAUUCUUACCACUCUGUUAUUAUGCAUAGUUAUAGACUGCAGGGAGUUUCCUCGAGUGCAUCUAGUGGGUGCAAAUUUUCCUUGGAUCUCAUGCGGACAUGGUACAACUUUGUGUCCUUUUCUUGUGGUGCGUAUUUGCAAGUUUUCACUUU